AUGAACUCGACGACUGUGCCGAAAGAGAAAACGCAGAACGGCGUACUGAAUCACAUUGAACUUUAUCAGGGCCCACCACCGGAUGAAGACGAGGAGCGCUACAACGUAGGAGCCUACCAUCCUCUCGAUGGGGACCUGAAAACGCAAGCUGGUACAAGUUCCACGUGGCUAGCGGCAUGGAAUGUGGCGAACUGCAUACAAGGAGCCGGUAUUUUGAGUUUACCGUACGCCGUUAAGGAAGGAGGGUACGCGGCUAUAAUAACACAUCUUAUGUUAACUGCCUUCGGAUGUUAUACUUGUAAGAUUCUGGCUAACUGUCUUUACGAAACGGAAACAAAUGAAGAUGGAACAACUCGUCAAGUACGCGUGCGCAGUAGUUAUGCAGAUAUUGGCGAUGCAUGCUGGAAGAACUGGGGAGGGCGCUUCAUCAACUAUGUUCAGCUGAUAGAUCUGAUUGCGGUUGCCGCACUAUAUUUAGAACUACCUGGAUUUUUAAUGACCGAUGCAUUUCCUAACGCAGGAAUAUCGCAGCUAGCGUGGACUGUCAUCACGGCAUUUGUUGUUUUGCCAAGUAUAUUUCUCCGAACUUUGACGAUGAUAGCAUGGCUCAGUAUGUUAGCUGUGGUGGCGUACUUUGUAAUGGCGGCAUGCGUGGUCGGUUACGGGAUUUCGAUAGCAACAGAGUGGAAGGCCGUAUCCUGGCAGCACUUCACACUGGAAACGUUCAUGGUAUCCUUUGGUCUCACUUUGUUCCACUACGACACUGUUUACGCCGCAAUUCCAAGCGUGGAAGAGAGUAUGAAACACCGCAAUAAAUUCAACGUGAUGAUUAACUGGACUUUCGUGUGGUUGACGGUGUUUAAUUUACUAUACGGUAUCAUGGCCUACCUUACUUUCGGUGAAAACACCGCCGAGUUAAUUACCGACAGUCUACCGCGUGGUCCAUAUCAUAUAGUAAACCUACUGGUUGUCAUGAAGGCGUUGCUGACCUACCCGCUAAUGAUAUUUAUGAUCAUUCAUUAUAUUGAGCUCAUUCGAUUCCACUUCUUACCGCCAUGUUACGGCGUAACCGCGGAGAGGCUUCCAGGAACGUGGGCCAUGGUAUUUCGUACCGUCCUUGUAGUAUUUACCCUGUUUUUAGCAAUAGUCGUUCCGCACUUCCGUCACUUCAUGGGUUUCAUCGGGGCUGUGAUGACUCCCUUCGUGGCUUAUAUUAUUCCAUGCGGAUGUCAUUUGAAACUCAAACACAAAGAGCUACGGUAUUGGGAAAUAGCUUUAGAAAUUGUCAUUAUUUUUGUCGCUAUCGUUGGAGGCACAUUAGCUGUCAUAUUUGCGUCCAAACAGCUAGUAGAAGCGUACAUUCCAUAG